AGUAAAAGACAAAUUAAUGUGUUAUCAGUCGAUGCAGAUAAAGUUCUUUUUUGUUCUUAUAUUGAUAAAGCUUUUGAUUAAAAAUGGUAUGAGUCUGUCAAUCUCCAAACAAAAAAAAGUUGAAUGAAGAAUAUAACAUUUUGAUCAUCUGAACCAAUAUUUUUUUUGUUUUAUGUAAAACCUUCUCCGGCUCAAUGUUAGAGCAAACGUUUACUUUGAAUUUUUUCCGCAAGACUCCGGAAGAAUUCCGGACGAGGCGUUCGAACCAGAUCUGAUUCUUGUUCCAGGUCUAGAUCUGAUUCCACUUGUGAUUCUGUUCCUAGUUGUGGUCAUGGCUCUGGACUGGAUUGGGUUUAGUUAUGCUGUUCUGGUGUCAGUGGGAGAAGUCAUUGGUUUUGUGAAAGCAGGCAGCGUCCCCUCCCUGGCCGCCGGGCUCCUGUUCGGUCUGUUGGCCGCGGUCGGUGCUUAUCUGACAUCUCAGAAUCCGAAGAAUGUGUGGCUGUUGCUGGGCACCUCCGGAACUCUCACUGUGGUGAUGGGCCUGAGAUUGAUCAACUCGGGGGAAGUUCAUGCCAGCGGGUUUAAUGACUUCAUUCAGAUCUCCACCUCCUCGUGGAAGUGAACACCUAGACCCGGCUGACGUGCCUCGCCGUGUGGAAACACUCAUCGGUGCAGUUGCCGCUGAGGAACCAGCAGCUGCGGCGACGACAUCCGAAGAACUCGCUCGAGAGCUUUCAAAGACCAAGAGAGUUCGAAUUGCGACGGAAGUAGUCGUUCUGGAAGACGAGAGCAAACCCAAAAAUUGACAUGCACUCUUUUAUAUAUUUGAACAAUUUUUGUUGAACAUGCUAGUACCUAGUACCUAGUGCUACACACCAUGUUUGGCAGCUUUCAAGAUCUGACUGUGUUUUUGAGAUUCAAAUAUAUUUGCUGUCGAUACUGAAAAGAUAAAUUAUAUUUGUUAGAUUUCAUUAGAUUCCAGUUAUCCAUCCGUCGUCCUGACUAGUCUCACUAAGAGUCUAUUUAUUUAUAUCAGAAGACUCACUAACCCACAUAUAAGGUUUUCUUGAGUGUCCCCAAGUAAAGAGCAGAUAAAAGAUCAAAGGAAUCUUUAUGUCUUGCAAAGGUGACGUCUCUCUCUCAGAAUUGAGACAUUUCCUCAAACCGUGUAAUUCUAACUCGUCUGUUGUUCUUCUCAGAGUCAGGUCUGGUUCCUUUCCAGGUUCAAUAAUCUUUGUCUUGAUGUAUAUGUUCAUCUUUUACCCCAUCUGACAAUUCAAAUCAAUAAGAACAAGAUAAGGGAGAAGGGCAAUUAGACAGUUCAUUGGCUCUCCUUUGACUCAGAGAACAUAUUAAAUAAAUUUGUUUUUCAUUAAUCCCAGACAAAAAAAAAAUUAAAUAAAUAAGACAAUCAAACCGCGAUGUGACCACUGAUACAUAAGUCAGUUAAACAUGCACCACCACUGCUCAGUUUCUUUUCAUAGAUGUCUUGAAAAUAAGAUAUUUCAUCAUUAUUAUCAUUCUCCUAGAGUUGCAAUUACAAAUUAAGGGAACAAAUAGUUUCAUCAACAAACGCACUGGAAAAGGAACACUGUGCUGAGCAUUACUCUACUUGAAUCUGUGCCGAACAAAACACACUAGACGGCACCAAGUAAAUUCUGAUUUCAAACAUUUGCCUCAGAUCAACUUCAAAUUGAGAUGAAAACAAAAACAAUUAAACAUUAAAACUACAUUUUCUACAAUUUCUAGGAAAGCAAAGCAGCUCACGCUUCACUAAACGCUUCACUUCCUGCGUCCGUCACGUGAUGUCGAUCCUUCUGCUUAUUAAGAUUAAGAUUAAGAUGCAUUUAUUCAUCCCAAACACAUGCACAGACAUGCAAAGGCACACUCAUGCAGGUAGGGAAAUUUAACUUCUGCUUUUGACCCAUCUGGUGCAGGACAUACAGAGCAGUGAGCGACCAUGUACGGCGCUCGGGGAGCAGAUGUUGGGGGAGUAAGGUGCCUUGCUCAGGGGCACUAGACAGGCCCCUUAUUGUUCAAUAGAUUAAAUGUGUUUGGUUUGAAUCACUGUCCUAUGAUCUGUUGUUUUAUAUCGAUCUGUGAUCCACUGAGUCCAGUAUCACACAGAUUGACCGACAGAACCAAACCAUCCCAGUACAAGAACAAGAAUAUAAAAAUAAUUCUUAAAUGUUAUAGAUUUGGGACAUCACCGCUGUCUCUAAAUUUAACAAUCCUGCUGUUUGACAUUUACCGUCAUUCAUGUCAGCGAGGGCUCCUCCGUCAUCGCUGCUUCAGUGUCCGUGUGUGUGAGUGUAAUGCUGCGUUCCAGACAACUCAUGUCAGAUAUUCUGACCUGAAAUGGCCCAGUUCCAACUUCACGUCAAAUGUAACAAACAUGUCUGACUGUGAGAAGCUGAUUAAUUUAUCUCGGGAUGAGACAAUUCAACUGUAGCCAGUGCAGCCUCCGUUCGUAAAGAAACAAAGAGGAGGAGGGCGAUGACGCCAUUAUCUUUUUAUGAGACUUUUAUUCUUGGAAACACAUUUGAUACAUGAAGGAGAACACACACCGUCAUUGAAUCUCACGAAUCAAGAAACCAUUGUCUUAAAACAAACAUAUUUAAUUAUAUGAACUAGUUAAGAACACACAUUCAUACUGAGCAAGGAACACACUUUAACCUUAAAAUUACAUGAAGGACUUUAUGA